AUCACCAGGGAGACGAGAGCUCCGGGCGGCCGAGCCGGCACGGUGGCGCGGUGGGCCGGAGCCCGACGCAGUGCGCGUCUCAGCCCGCCGCCGUCGCCCAGCACUUGCGCCCACUCGCGUCAGCGCGCCCGGAAGUGCCUAGGCGGCGAACAUGGCGGCUUCCGCGGCCGGCCUGGGCGGCGGUUCGGGCCCCGGGCCUGAGGCCGGGGACUUCCUGGCGCGCUACCGCCAGGUGUGCAACAAGCUGAAGAAGCGGUUCCUGCGGAAGCCGAACGUGGCGGAGGCCGGCGAGCAGUUCAGCCAGCUGGGGCGCGAGCUGCGCGCCCAGGAGUGCCUGCCGUACGCGGCCUGGUGCCAGCUGGCCGUGGCCCGCUGCCAGCAGGCGCUCUUCCACGGGCCCGGGGAGGCGCUGGCGCUGACCGAGGCCGCGCGCCUCUUCCUGCGGCAGGAGCGCGACGCGCGCCAGCGCUUGGCCUGCCCCGCCGCCUACGGGGAGCCGCUGCAGGCCGCCGCCGCCGCCCUGGGCGCCGCCGUGCGCCUGCACCUGGAGCUAGGCCAGCCGGCUGCCGCCGCCGCGCUCUGCCUCGAGCUGGCGGCCGCCCUGCGCGACCUGGGCCAGCCGGCCGCCGCCGCCGGCCACUUCCAACGCGCCGCGCAGCUGCAGCUGCCCCAGCUGCCCCUGGCCGCCCUGCAGGCGCUCGGCGACGCCGCGUCCUGCCAGCUGCUGGCGCGCGACUACAGCGGCGCCCUGGCGCUCUUCACGCGCAUGCAGCGCCUGGCGCUGGAGCACGGCGCCCACCCGCUGCCGCCGCCGGGGCCGCAGCCCCCGCCGCAGCCGCAGCCCAAGCUGCCGGGGCCGCAGCCCGGGGCCGGCGCGGCCUCCGCCCCACCGCUCGCGCUGCUCCCGCCCGGCGCGGGCUCCGCGGCCGCGCCCUCCCCCGCCGCGCUGGGCGCCUUCGCCGACGUGCUGGUCCGCUGCGAGGUGUCCCGCGUGCUGCUGCUGCUGCUCCUGCAGCCGCCGCCCGCCAAGCUGCUGCCGGAGCACGCGCACACCCUGGAGAAGUACUCCUGGGAGGCCUUCGACGGCCACGGGCAGGACGGCAGCGGCCCGCUUCCCGAGGAGCUCUUCCUGCUGCUGCAGUCCUUGGUCAUGGCCACCCACGAGAAGGACACGGAAGCCGUCAAGUCGCUGCAGGUGGAGAUGUGGCCCCUGUUGAGCGCCGAGCAGAACCACCUCCUGCACCUCGUUCUGCAGGAAACCAUCUCCCCGUCGGGCCAGGGGAUCUGAUGAGUCACUCCCAGCGACUCUGUGCCUGGCCCCGAACCUCACGCACCCGCCUGCGCGUUUACGGGGACACAAGAGGCGUUGACC